AUGGCGUCGUCUCGUCCUGACAGCAGUGCACCGCCGUCAGGGAGCUCUGCCUCUGACGAAACCUGCAACCAGACACCCAGGGGACAUCCAGAACGAGAUAUUUCUCUGGAUCAGCAUGGCCCCGCCUCAUCCAACACGACGACAGCAGAGACACCAGCAUCCGGAUCUCUUCCAUCCUGGACAGAGAGUUCGAAGCCACAACUACCACACCUCAGUUUCGAUACCCCUGACAGGGUGUUCCCUAUUCGAUCGGUCAUUUCCGUUGAUCCUGCUGUUUCUAGCAGCCAACAUUCGCCGCCGCAGCAGUUCUACCAGUCCCCUGGAGACGCCUUGACCCCAACCGGAGAAGGAAUGCGAGAAUACACGAUUGUUGAUGCGGCGACAUGGGACCGGCUACAGUCCCAAUCAGACGCAGACUUGCAAUCGGAAACGUCAGUCGAUCUAUCUCACCAAGUGGAAGAUGUUACGAACCAGCAAGUGAUAGUCAACCCUCCCAUAUCCGUCCCGCCGGCGAAGACGGCUCUGCACUCGGCCGUGGAAAGCAUUUCCACUCAGCUGUCCAGUGAUGAGAACUCUUUCACCUCGAGCACCGACGGCGGUGUGCCCGUUGGUGGUGGCUCGGAUCCUCCGCAAAGCAGCGAUGCCUCGGACGGUGACAGCCCUGAUGUAGUUGCGACGGGCUUUCAGCAUAUCGUUACAGAGGACGGUCACGCGGUCGUCACAGGUCCCGAAGGCAAGAAUUUCCAAUUCUGUGAGGAUGAGCCGAUUCAUACCCCUGGUGCCAUCCAGAGCUUUGGUGUCUUACUUGCUCUCCAAGAGUCGGAAGGGAGGCUGGUCGUUCGGUUUGUCAGUGAAAAUUCAGCGAUUAUCCUUGGAUAUUCACCAAAACAGCUGUUCGCGUUGGACAGUUUCUGUGACAUCCUGACGGAGGAACAAGAAGACAAUCUCUUGGACCAUGUUGACUUCAUCCGGGACGAGGCGUGCGAUCCUCGGAUCUAUGGCCCUGAGGUCUUCAUCAUCUCGAUCGCCAAUCCUGCCGGGGAGACGAAGAAGUUCUGGUGUGCCAUGCAUGUCAACGAUGCCAACAAAGACCUGAUCAUUUGUGAGUUUGAAUUCGAAGAUGACCAACUCCACCCAUUGAACGUUUCCGGCCAAACGACCCCCGACACGCCGUCUGACACCAUGGGAAUUGAACCCACCCCCGAAGAACUGGCCGCCAGUACCGUCAACGUUAGUCGGCCCCUGCGGAUGUUGCGCAACGCUCGCAGGCGAAGAGGCGAAGCGGCCGCCAUGAAGGUGUUUAAUAUCUUGUCGCAGAUCCAAGAACAGCUUUCAGCCGCUCCGACCCUAGACGUGCUGUUGAACACUGCAAUCGGGCUCGUGAAGGAGCUCACCGGCUUUCAUCGUGUGAUGAUUUAUCAGUUCGACAGCAGCUGGAAUGGAAUGGUAGUGGCUGAACUCGUGGAUCCCAGAGCCACCAAGGACCUCUACAAAGGCCUCCAUUUUCCGGCCUCGGAUAUUCCGAAACAGGCACGAGAACUCUACAAGAUCAACAAGGUUCGGCUGCUCUACAAUCGCGAUCUGAUUACUGCCCGACUCGUAUGCAGGACCGUUAAAGACCUCGAGUCACCUCUAGAUAUGACCCAUGCAUAUCUGCGAGCCAUGUCACCUAUUCACCUCAAGUAUCUCGCCAACAUGGAUGUCCGAGCCUCCAUGUCCAUCAGCAUCAUUGCCUUCAACGAACUGUGGGGUUUAAUCUCCUGCCAUUCCUACGGCACCUCGGGUAUGAGGGUUUCGUUUCCAAUUCGAAAGAUAUGUCGUCUGAUUGGCGACACGGUCUCCCGGAACAUCGAACGACUGUCGUACACGUCCCGUCUCCAGGCUCGCAAGCUAAUUAAUACUGUUCCUACGGAGACUAAUCCGUCCGGCUACAUCAUCGCGUCCUCAGACGACCUGCUCAAGCUCUUCGGUGCAGAUUAUGGUGCGCUGUCUAUUCGCGACGAGACCAAGAUCCUUGGCCGGCUGGCUCAUUCGGAGGAGGUUCUGGCGUUGUUGGAAUACCUGAAAAUGCGCCAGCUGAAUUCCGUUCUUGCGUCCCAUGAUGUGAGCAAAGACUUCACUGAUCUCCGAUAUCCUCCGGGGUUCAAACACAUCGCUGGUUUACUGUAUGUCCCGCUCUCUGCCGGUGGUCGUGACUUCAUUGUCUUCUUCCGACGGGGUCAGAUGACGGAGAUCAAGUGGGCAGGCAAUCCCUACGAGAAGGAAUUCAAAAGGGGCACUUUGGGUUAUCUAGAACCGAGAAAAAGCUUCCAGACCUGGCGCGAGACGGUGAUGACUCGAUCACGAGAGUGGUCUGAGUCUGAUGUAGAAACUGCAGCGGUUCUAUGCCUCGUCUAUGGCAAGUUCAUCGAGGUGUGGCGACAGAAGGAGGCGGCCAUGCAGAGUACGCAAUUGACCAAGUUGCUUAUCGCCAACUCGGCCCACGAGGUUCGAACGCCACUCAAUGCAAUUAUAAACUACUUAGAAAUCGCCUUGGAGAGCUCUUUGGAUUCGGAAACCCGUGAAAACCUCGCCAAGUCGCAUUCAGCUUCCAAAAGCCUUAUUUAUGUCAUCAACGAUCUGCUUGACCUGACGAAUACCGAAAGGGGCCAAAAUCUCAUCAAAGAUGAAACAUUUGAUCUCUCAGCCACAUUCAAAGAAGCGACUGAUAUGUUUUGCGGUGAAGCGAAGCGCAAAGGCAUUUCGUACGAUGUCACCGAGUAUCCCGGUAUCCCAAAGUCAGUUCAAGGAGACCAGCGUCGCGUUCGCCAGGUGAUCAUGAAUAUUAUUUCCAAUGCCAUCAAAAACACGACGACCGGUGCAGUUACUGUGGAAAUACGGCAUUCCCAGGUUCAGCCAGAGCAGCAGGGAAACGUUGAUAUUGAAAUAGCCGUCCACGAUACAGGGACCGGCAUGUCCCAGGCCACCGUUGACGCCCUAUUCCGGGACUUGGAACAGGUCUCUUCGGAAGAGGAGAAUUACUACUAUGAAGACGGAAAUGCUGACGAGAUUACAGCCGUCGCAGAGGAUGAUCAAAAGCGUGUCCUCAGUCUCGGAUUAGCCUUGGUGGCCCGGAUCGUGAGGAACAUGCAUGGACAGCUCAGGGUCAAGUCUGAAGAAGGCAAAGGCAGUUGCUUCAAGAUAUUGCUUAGAUUUCCAGUACCUGAAGAGGAGACAUCAUCCACCUCUGCGCCAUCAACACCAGCAACCCCGUCCGUGACUGAGGGGGAGAUUCUCUUGGUUGAUAGCAAUACACGUCAGCGGAGCGGCUCACGAGAGCACAGCUCUGACAGUAGUCGCAGCGGAAAAAGUCACAGAAGUUCACGCAGUGCUAGAAGAGAAGCGGAUCGUAUAAUCAGUGCAAUUCAGGAGCCUGUGCCGGUUAGUAGGACGACGAGCGAGGGAUCUGACAGCGGUGCGAGUAAAACAGCAAGGACUGGUCCCGUCCUAGCCACCAAGGCAUCUUCUACAACUUCCUCUCAAGCCGGAGCGAAUAGAGCAAACCAGUCUAGUCUUCGUUUACCCGGUCAAGAGACUGUUACAGAUUCGGGGAUACCACUGAGCGCCGUCCGGGUUGACGAGGCUGACGUGGAAAGGCCAACAUCACAGCCGGUGCAGUCUGAUCGGGGCAGGUCCAGAUCCGACGCAGUAGUUUCGGAGGAAUCAAGAAAGACCGUCGCCUCUCCAACAGGCCGGGAUAUAUCUCCUGUCCAUUGCCUCCAUAUACUAGUGGCUGAGGAUGACCCGGUCAAUAGCAAGAUUAUACAGAAGAGACUGGAAAAGUUCGGUCACUCAGUUCAGUUGACUGUGAAUGGAGACGAGUGUGCCAUUGCUUAUCGCGCAGAUUCAACAUCCUUUGAUGCGGUGUUGAUGGACAUGCAGGUAAGCAGACGACUUCGUGUCUACAUACUCCGCGAGAAACUAACCCCAAGACCUAAGAUGCCCAUUGUCGACGGCAUGAACUCGACAAAGAUGAUUCGGGAGUUUGAGAGCUCGUCGGCGGACGGUACUGGUAUACUGUCAGAGAAAGUAAAAGCCUAUGGCCGAAUUCCGAUUUUUGCCGUGUCAGCAUCCCUGGUGGAGAAAGACAUGCAAAAAUACAUCGAUAGUGGUUUCGAUGGAUGGAUCAUGAAACCGAUCGACUUCAAACGGGUCAACCUCAUUCUGAGUGGACUUCAGGAAGAGGCCACCCGGAUCAACACGACUUACAAGCCCGGAAUGUGGGAAAUAGGUGGCUGGUUUGAACAAGGCACAACUGCCUCGCAAACCGAGAUCACUCAGACUGCAUCUUGA